CAUACCUGCAGCAACCGCAAACGGCGCAUGAAGACUAUUGUAAAAUUCAAGCAAACUUUGUAAAGGGAAGAGAAGAAGCGAACUUUGCGGCUAUAAAUACUUCGCAAAUGCUCACUGUCUCUGUAUAUUCUUCGCAUCUAUAGAUCUCCAUAGAUCCAUAUCUGAGUGCCACAAGCGUUCUAUUUCUCUCUUUCUUCGAGUUCCUUGGACCAGAUCGAAGAAUUCUCCCUGUUUUGGCGCGCUAAUUCCUCGAAUCGUAUCGGAGUUUGGUUUUCUUGGAUGGUUCUAUCUACUACAAGAUGUGUCUGGGGCCGACAAUGAUAAUACUGCUGCUUCAAUUGGUCCACCUUUGCGUAUUGUAGAUAAAGUUCUAAUUCUUGGUGAUAAUUCGGGAAUUAAGCUAAUAGCUAAUGAAGAACGGGAUGAUAGAAUGCAGUGUCUGCCACUCUAAAUUGGUUUCUCCAACUUCAAAAACCGUGUCAAGAGCAUAUGAUCGGCACAGGAGCAAGUUAUCAUCUAAGUACCGAGCCCUCAAUGUCCUUUUGGUUGUUGGGGAUUGCAUCUUGGUCGGUCUACAGCCUAUUUUGGUUUUUAUGUCUAAGGUGGAUGGAAGUUUCAAGUUUAGUCCCAUCAGUGUUAACUUUUUAACAGAGGUUGCAAAGGUUCUAUUUGCAAUUAUUAUGCUCUUGUUCCAGGCUAGACGUCAGAAGGUAGGAGAGAAACCCCUUCUCUCAGUUUCUACAUUUGUGCAGGCAGCUCGCAACAAUGUUCUUCUUGCUGUUCCAGCUCUUCUGUAUGCUAUCAAUAACUAUCUAAAAUUCAUCAUGCAGUUAUAUUUUAAUCCUGCAACUGUUAAGAUGCUGAGCAACCUGAAGGUUUUGGUUAUUGCUGUUCUGUUAAAGAUGAUUAUGAGACGGCGAUUUUCCAUAAUUCAGUGGGAGGCUCUGGCUCUGUUGCUCAUUGGAAUUAGUGUUAAUCAGCUCCGGUCACUACCCGAGGGUACAACUGCUAUGGGUCUUCCAGUUGCAACUGGUGCAUACCUAUAUACGUUGAUCUUUGUUACUGUUCCAUCUUUGGCUUCUGUUUACAAUGAAUAUGCAUUGAAGAGUCAAUUUGAGACAAGUAUUUAUCUUCAGAAUUUAUUUUUAUAUGGAUAUGGUGCUAUAUUCAACUUCAUAGCAAUUCUUGGAACUGCCAUUUUUAAAGGUCCCAAUAGCCUUGAUAUUCUGCAAGGACACUCAAAAGCAACUAUAUUUUUAAUAUGCAACAAUGCAGCACAAGGCAUUUUGUCCUCAUUUUUCUUUAAAUAUGCAGAUACAAUUUUGAAGAAAUAUUCAUCAACUGUUGCCACAAUAUUUACAGGCAUAGCAUCUGCUACAUUAUUUGGCCAUACUCUAACUGUAAAUUUUGUUUUAGGAAUAUCUAUUGUGUUUAUCUCAAUGCACCAGUUCUUUUCAUCUUUAUCAAAAGUAAAAGAAGAACCACAAAACGGAGCCCUGGAAAUGAUGGAUGUUCAGAAUAAUCGCAGGUCAAAGGAAUCAUCUUUCGUAAAUAUGGCAGCAGGAGCAAAUGAGGAUGCUAAUCAUCACAUUCGAUCUAAUCAGAGGGAGCCACUUCUUCCUACCUAGAUUACUUUCAAGGUCAGCAUACAUUCCUCAUUUGGGAUCCCUAUCCUUGUACUUAGUAUCCUCCAGUGAGAAUUUGGAUUAUAAGGGUCACUGAACUGCUUCAGACGGAGAUCAAGAGUUGGUCCAUGGUAUCUUUGUGCAAAAAGACGACCUGAUUUCUUCUUCAACCUUGAAGACACUAAUGUGGUGAUUAUAUUGUCAUCUGCAUUCUUCUUUUCAAACUAAAUAUUUCUAAAAAAAAAUUUCCCCCUUUUCACCUUGUAUUUGCUUCUCUAAUUGCAAAUUUCUGUGACUUUUUUCAACUUGAAGUUGAGACUUGCUUAUAAACUUUUUCGGGAUCUCUAAUGGUUGUAAGGAAAAUACUACUACCCUUUCCUUAUACUUUGUAUCUUUUGUGGAGAAUUUAGAUAAUAAGGGUCAGUGAACUGCUUCAGAAAGAGAUGAGAGUUGCUCCAUGGUGUCUUCAAGCAAAAAGAUGAUCUGAUCUCUUCAUCCUUGGAAGACACUGAUGUGGUGAUUAUAUUGUCAUCUGCAUAUUUCUUCUCAAAAUAACUGAUAACAAAGUUUUCCCCUUUUCACAUUUUAUUUGCUUCUUUAAUUGCAAGUUUCUCAUGUCUUAUUUUCAACUUGAGUUGGCAAUAUUACUUAUAAACUUUCUGGGAUCUUCCAAUAGCUGAAAGGGAACUACCCUUUGUAUCCUUUUCAAUCUGUAAUGGUAGUAUUUUACUUAAAUCUUUCGGCAUA